AUGCACUGGCAUAGCCUCCCACAGACAUUCGAGGAUGCCAUCACAGUGACCCGCAACCUGGGAGUGAAGUACAUCUGGAUCGACUCCCUUUGUGUAGUUCAGGACGAUCCAGAAGACUGGGCCACGGAAUCCGCCAAAAUGGAAGCCGUGUACGGGAACUUGUACCUGACCAUCGCAGCUACGGCCUCUGCAGACGCAUGUGGAGGCUUGUUUAGGAAAACAGUUGCGCCAAUUCGACUCGCAGCGCAUAUGGGCGAAAUCCGUAUUACAGUCUUUGUCCGAGAGAUGAUUGCUCACAGCUCCUACCAGAAGUACGACAAACCGUACCCGGAAUACACGGCUAGUCUUCCUCUGCUCUCGCGAUCCUGGGUUCUACAAGAAUUCUAUUUGCCCGCUCGGGUGAUCCAUUUCGCGGAUUUUGAAGUUGUCUGGGAAUGCAAUGAGAAAGGUGGUGCUGUUGCCAUACUGGUUUGCGGCCGCCGGGCGGCACCAAACACGGCACCAAACACCUCUUCGCCAAAAGCCUUGAUCGCAAUGGCGCCCAGAGUCUGCAAGCUGUGA